ACUUAUCCAGGAGUCCAUAUGUAAGGGAACCCAGCUCAGUGUUACAACUUUCGAUUUCUGGAUUCGUCUAAUUCAACGGACGUCCACCUGGACAGCCUGACUGAAAUGACAGACAUCUAUGUGUAACUGUUUAACCUAAACAACUUACAUCUGAGUCAACACCAUUUUCUGCCUUCCUGCCCUCCACUGUCUUCAUCAAUCUUCAGAACAUCAAUCAUUCUCAGCAUGUCCAACCAGCCCAUCCAACACCACCAUGAAGGGACCUACAUGUCGCUGAUGAGAGGCAUGAAAGAGCUGGACCUCCGCGGCUCCUGUGUUCCCAGCAACCUGGUGCUGACUGGAGACCAUGCCUUUCCUUUAGCAAUGAAUAGCCAAGGCCAAGUCCUGAUGGCUGCCUCUCUGUAUGGCCGUGGAAGGAUUGUGGUCCUGGGUCAUGAGGGCUACCUCACCGCCUUCCCUGCUCUGGUAGAGAACGCUCUGACCUGGCUGAGAGGAGAUGGAUCUGACAACCUGUCUGUGGGGGUCCACAAGAACGUCAAGGCAGUUGUUGAUAACCUCAGCAAAUCCAGCUUCCAAGCCAAUGUUGUGGAGGCCUUUGGUGACAGUCUGGGGGUCGGUGUGUAUGUGACAGAUGCCUACAGCGUAGGUGCAGACCCAAAGGACCUGGUGGCAUUUCUGAAAGCUGGAGGAGGAGUGUUAAUAGCAGGUCAGGCAUGGAGCUGGGCUGCACAUCACCCUAAAGAGAACACGCUGCUUCAGUUUGAAGGGAAUAAGGUGUCUGGUGUGGCAGGGAUCUACUUCUCUGAGCAUCAGGGUGAGGCCGAGUGCCUGCCUGUGUAUCCUCAGAUCCCAUCCUCCUGGAUGGCUGUAGUAAUUGGUAAGGAUUUUGAGGAUGACUUGGAGUUCUUACUCCAGGGGGUUUCAGAGUUUGACCUCCAGGGUAAUUUAUUGGCUUCUGAGGCUCUGGUCCACGGCCCGCUAGCCUUUCCCAUUGGGACCACAGAAGAUGGACGGGUGUUCCUUGCAGGAACCUACUAUGGGCAGGGACGGGUCAUUGUGGUGACUCAUGAAGGACUUCUUGGACGCGAGACACUGGCUCCAUUUUGGAACAAUGUCAUUCACUGGUUGGAUGAAGGCCGGCAGGGGGUAGUUGGGGUAGUUCCUGAUCACGCCCUCAAAGUUCUCAGCAAGUCAGGGUUCAAGUGUGAGAAGACAGACUUCAGAAAAGACCUGAGUGUAUUUGUGUGUACAGCAUACAGCGGUGACCAUGUGGAGGAAAUCCAAGACUUUGUAGCAGCGGGAGGAGGCCUGCUGAUUGGUGGGCAUGCCUGGUACUGGGCACAGACACAUGGUGGGCAAAACCCAAUGACAGAUUUCUCAGGGAACAAGAUCUUGAACCAAAUGGGCUUGAGCCUGUUGGGAUCAACAAUCACAGGGGGUUUAUACAAGGCCCCUGUACCCAGCCAGGCCAUUAAAGACACCUACCACUUCCGCCACCUUCUACGCCGCUUUGCUGGCCAUGUAACCGUGGGUGAAGAACUUACGAAGCACGAGGAGGAAUGUCUUAAAAAGCUGGGCAGGGACUGCUGCUCCUACUUGAACAUGAAGGCUCAUGACUGCUUCUCCUAUAAACAGGUUGUGUCCACCCUCGCUGACAUCUUAAUGAGGUCGGGCAUGCCACAGGUGUGUGACAGCUGUCCUGUGAAGAGUCCCAAAGACCAUCUACUCCUCAGUGUGGGGUCUGAGUUAUAUAAGGUUUGCCCAGAUCCUGAUGCCCUCUUGCCCUACCUCAUCAGGGAUAACCCCUUGAUGCCAGUUGUCUACAAUCACAGAAUCAAGAUCAAUGUUAACACAGCAGGAGGGGAGGAGUUGAUCAGUACAGGUCUCUACCUUUCUCCUGGGAUGAAGACCUACAUGGCCAUACCAGCAGAGAUCAUCAACAAUGGAUGGAAGAUCCAGAUAGGCUGUCAAACAGACAAACUCAAUGCUGCAGAGUUAAAAAGAGCACCGUGUGUUCAUGAACAAUUUCCCAUAACCUCAGAGAUGAUGCAGGUGUGGAACCUCUGGGGGGGACUCAUCUACCUGGUGGCCCCACCCAAAACACAAGUGGGGGAGGCAGAGGUCGUAGUGCAGAUUGCUGUACCUGCACCAUAUUAUAAAUCUGACGUGACAAAAGCAGCUGACUGGUCCUUACUACGCACUGCUCCCUCACCCUGGGCAGAGUUGGAGUUUGACAACAUCAUCCUCACUGUACCAUCAGAUUUUGUGCGAGACCUGGAGCGCCCUGACGAGUUAGCUGCGCACUGGGAUGCCAUCAUGAGGGGCAUUGCUGACCUGGCAGUCAUACCACCCAAAUUUCCCCGCAAAGAACGCAUUGUAGCAGAUGUGCAGAUUUCCCAUGGUUGGAUGCAUGCAGGUUAUCCUAUCAUGACACACAAGUCGACAUCGGCUGAUCUAGUCAGCAUUGACAGUGCUAGGAGUACAGGCCUGUGGGGCCCCAUUCAUGAACUGGGACACAACCAGCAGAGAAGCUGCUGGGAGUUCCCACCACACACCACAGAGUGCACAUGCAACCUGUGGUCAGUGUAUGUGCAUGAGGAGGUGCUCGGGAUCAACAGGGCACAGGCUCACCCAGCUAUGACUUUAGAAAGUCGAAAAAAACGAGCAGAGGAGUAUGCUAAGGGGGGCAAGAAACUCAGCAACUGGUCAAUGUGGGUGGCCCUGGAGACAUAUAUGCAGCUCCAGGAGAAGUUUGGCUGGGAUGCCUUUAAGAAGGUGUUUGCUGCCUACCAUGAGAUGAGCAACUUUCCCAGAGACAACAUGGAAAAGAUGAACCUGUAUGCCAAUAAGUUCUCCCAGACUGUAGGGAUGAACCUGUGUGGAUUCUUCAAGUCCUGGGGCUGGCCCAUUGAAACAGCCACUGAAGAGAAACUCUCCAGCCUGCCUCCCUGGAAGGACCACCCCAUGGUCCAGUAUGACUGAAAGUCUGCUGCGAAUUAAAUUGCAAAGAGAUCGAUUUUAGUGGGAUAGUACAAUUAACUGACUUUGUUUUCCCUUUUGUUCUCGAUGAAUUUAUACCAUAUUGAUUGUAAUAUUUUAAAUGAAACAGAAGUUACAUAGCUGACCAGAUAUAUACAGCUGUUAAAUUCAGUUAAUCCUCUAGAAAUGGACCAAUGAUUAUGAUUUUCUUGGGGGCAAGUACAGUAGGGCAGCUGUUAAAUAAUUUAAAAUCAAAGUACCAAAAACCAAGAUGUCAUUAAACAAACACAGUUUCUAAACAUUUAUUUAGUUAUUUUUUAAGAUUAGUUAGAAAACAAUAAAACUGUGUUGCUGUCAACUUUUACUUGAAGCCAUCUGAUUUCUGCUUCUUGAGCUUUUGCUUCAUUCAUCCUGUCCCAGUCCCUAGUACUUAGCAUUAGAACUAUCACCUUUGACGUAUGCAGUGGGGAGUAAUAUAAUUUCACAACAUUAGGUAAAGUCAUUCAUAAGAAAAAAUUCUAUCUUUAAUGGUGAUAGUAGCAGUAAUACUCUUAGAGAAAUGUUGAUGUUUCUUGAGUGAAUUAGUAAGUUCCAUCUUAAUACUAUAGUGAAUAACAGUAAGUCAGUUAGGCUUUAUAAGAUGUACACAUGAAUGUCUAAAUCACACUGGGUUUAAUAUAAUGAAUUAGCUUUUCAAGGUUAAACAACUGUGUGUCCAUUGAUGGCUGGGUCAUUCUGACUUCACUAAAAUUUCUUUCUGAAAUUGUUUAGUGAUUAGGUGGAGGCAUAAUUAGAAAAGCAGUCAAAAUCCAGCUGCUACAGCAGCUUGAUAAAGACACAUUUGAAUAAAAUCAAUUUUAUUUACUACAAUGCACUUUACCUCCUAAUAUUGAGUGACUAAAGUUUUACAGUGAAGGUUAUCAACUGCACAUCUUACCAUCAGUGAAAAGCCUACGCCAAUUUGUCAGCGACUGGACAACUGGUAUUUGCUGGACAUGUGGUUUUAUUAUCACUCAUUUAUUAAUUUGUGUGCUAUAUGAUUUGAUUUAAAUAUGUUGUA